AUGCGCAUCUCCACUAUCUUCGCCGUGGCUUCGGCGCCCCAUAUGGCGCUCGGCGCUCCGGGUUGCGCCAAACCGGCGGAAACCUCCCAGUUCUGCACGCGAAUCACGCCAGCGCCCCCGCGGGAGGUGACCGAGGCGAGGUUCAACGAGUUCGCCUACCUGUUCCUGGUCAAGAAGGAUAUCUAUGCGGCGUUCCACUAUAUCCUUCCCGAAUACAUCAACCAUAACCCGGCGGUCGAGAAUGGUGCUCAGAACGCGCUUGACUUCCUCGGCCCGAUCUGGGCAAACCAAUCCAUCACCGUCUUGCGCACGAAGUUCGAGGGCCCUAUGUCGUGGCUUAACUACCAGAGCGCGUUCGGUACGAUCGUCGAUCGAUUUCGCUGGGAGGAUGGCUGCAUUGCUGAACACUGGGACCAAGGGGAGCAGUUUCCGGACUCUUAG